GGCUAUGUUUGAGGUGAACAUGCGUGAGCGGGACGACGGCUCCGUUACCCUCGGCAACCAGUCUCCAGAUGCUGUGAGUUCCUUCCUGGACUUUGCCUACUCAGGAGAGACAAUCAUCACCAACGGCAACGUGGACAUGCUCUUCCAACUGGCCUCCUUCCUUCAGGUGUCCACUCUGUCCCGAGCUUGUGGUGACUUCCUGAUCGAAACCUUAGACCUUUCCAACUGUCUAACGCUACUGGACCUCGCUGAAGGAUAUGGCUCCGCCUCCCUCCUCCAGCGAGCCAAUGAAUUUGUGGUUGAGAAUUUCCAGGAUCUCUCCUUAACUCCAGACUUCAUGGAAAUGCAGGCUGAUAUGCUGGAGCGUUGUCUCCAGGCAGACGCACUGAGCGUGCCCAGUGAGGAGGCUGCGGUGAUGUCACUGCUGAAGUGGAUAGGUCACGACCUGCAGGAGAGGAGGAGCUUGCUACCUAAGCUCCUCCCACUGCUCAGGCUUCAUCAUCUACCCCCGCACACACUGACGGCCCUGGCUGAGAGGGAGGAGCUGCUGUGUGGAGAUGAGGUCUGCGGAGGCCUCCUCAGAGAGGCAGGGAGCAGACAGAGGCAGCACUGCGGCCUGCUAGCGGACGCUAGGCCUGCCGCCACCCAGAGCUACAUCUACGUACACAAGACGGAGGAGAACGGAGAGAUACGCCACGCUUUCUGCUACUGCCUGGAAACCGACCAAUGGAGAGAGCUCCCUCAGGGUCAGGGGGCGGGGUCUAUGAUACCAGACCAUCCAGGAUCUCAGCUCACCAGCUAUGCUGAGAAGCUGUUUGUGACAGGUGGUUGCCGCGGUAACUGUUGCCGGGCGGUGCGUCUCCACAUCGCCGAGCCGUGCCACGACGCCACCGACGACGUGUGGUGUUUCUGCCCCGUCACACGCACCUGCACCCCUGCACCCGCCAUGGGGAAACCCCGUACCAUGCACGCCGCCGUCUCAGCCCUCAACCGCCUCUACGUCAUCGGGGGCAGGGCCAGAGGCUCACGGGGCGGGGCGCCCAGCCUCCUGGAGGUGGAGUACUACGACCCUCUGAGCCACGCCUGGACAUCUGUCAGCCCUCUGCCCUCCGCCCUCUACUACCCCGAGGCCAGCGCAUGUCGCAGCCUCAUCUACACCCUGGGUUCCCAGCUGGAGAUCGCAGACUCCUUCAACCCCUCGCUGGACUGCUUCUUCUGCUACGACGCCGAGAGGGACCAGUGGAGCCACCUGGUGGCCGAGUUUGGUCAUUUCUUCCACGCCACGCUGGUCAAGGCUGUGGCCGUUAACGACACCCUCCACCUCUGUGAUCUCUCCACCUAUAAGGUCUACAGCUUCUGUCCAGAGACGCGCGUGUGGAAGGGCGUGGGCUCGUUCGAGUGCGCUGGCUUCAACGCGGGUGCCGUGGGCGUGAGAGACCGCAUCUACAUCCUGGGAGGAGACUACUCACCUGACGAGAUCACGGACGAGGUGCAGGUGUAUCACAGUGGGAGGAGCCAGUGGGAGGAAGUGGCGCCUAUGCCCAGAGCGUUGACAGAGUUCCACUGUCAGCUGAUCAGCUUCAACAGACACAGAGACCCAUGGGGGGCUGGAGCAACUUGA